AUGAGCUUCACUCCACGCUACGGCUCAUCCGUCACCAGAGACUAUACCCUCCUUCAAGGUCAUCCAAGCACUUAUCAGCACUUUGGAGCGCUCGCAACAAGCCAGCCUCGUGGAGCAGCCAAUCAACACGCUGACCAUCACGAUCAGAAUGCACUCGGCGACAACAGCCUCGACGACAACGAUGCUUCCACAUCAGCCUCGACCUCAUCGAUUCACGUCGAUGAUGCUACCGAUAACGGUCUCAGUAACAUCUCGCUUCCACCCAACCACGCAGCUGUACCCAACUCACCCGCUUUCGGGCGCUCAAAUCGACUAGCCAUCACCCCCAUCACCUCUUCACGCAAUCGUCGGCCCAGCGUCAAUGCCUACACUCAGAUCGCAGGUAUUCCUUCCGAGUAUCUGCUUGGUGGCACUGCCGUUCCACCGCCAACACACAACCCGGGCACAGCAUCCAACAUCUCCCUCGGGGCUCCGGCUCCUGCUGACGCUACUCACAACACAUCACAAAAACCAGCCCGUGCAUCACAAGAGGCCGGCGCAGAACGUAGGAGCGAGGAGCUCGAUGCGAACGAAGCAACUUCACUACUCGGCCGCCGUACCUCAGACACUCAUCCUCCUCAAGCACCUGGCGCGGCCUCGAGUUCGUACGGUGCGGUGCGCCGUCCUUCGUUCGACGGUGCCAGCAUCCUCAGCACUGGUGGUCCUGGCGUCAGUGGCUGGGCGGCUGCCAACCUCAUCCGUGAAGCACCACUGCCAGGCGUCGAGCAGGUCGCGUCCAUCGCCCGCGAACCACACGACAACAUCGCAUGGAGGGAGGCGAGGGUGCUUACCGGCUACACCAUCCCCAUUUUCGCAACCCACUUGCUGGAGCUCUCUCUCUCGGUCGCUUCCGUUUUCUCGCUCGGCCAUCUCGGCACCGUCGAGCUCGCCGCUGCAUCCCUCUCCAGCAUGACCGCCAACGUCUCUGGCUUCAGCGUUCUCUCCGGCUUCAUUUCGGCAUUGGACACGCUUCUCCCUUCCGCCUAUACGCAGCAGCCCAAGUCGGUUGGGCUGUGGACGCAGCGCAUGGGCGUCAUCCUCGCUGCCAUUUUGCCACUCAUCUUUGCCGUCUGGCUCAACGCCGAAGCCAUCCUCGUUCGCAUCGGUCAAGACCCUCAAGUCGCCUAUCUCGCCGGUCGCUACCUUGCUGUCCUCUCCAUUGGUUUGCCCGGUUACGCUCUUUUCGAAGUCUGCCGUCGAUAUCUCCAGGCGCAAGGUCUCAUGCACGCCCCCACCAUCGUGCUCAUGUUCGUCUCACCCCUCAACGCAAUUGCCAACUACCUGCUGGUGUGGGGGCCCGAGUCGAUCCGACUGGGCUUCAUCGGUGCGCCUCUCGCUUCGGCGCUGUCCAUGUGGCUCAUGGCGAUUCUGUGCUUCUUCCAGUGCGUGCUUGGUCCACGCGAUGCAUGGGAUGGUUUCACGCGCGCCGCCUUCAAGUGGGAGGGCAUCAAGCCCGUGCUCUCCCUCGGGUUCGCCGGCAUGGUGAGUCUCGCAGCCGAAUGGUGGGCUUGGGAGAUCGUUGGGUUGGUGACGAGUCAGCUUGGCGUCGUAGCUCUGGCUGCUCAGUCCGUGCUCCUCGUCAGCUCCUCCAUCACCUAUCAGCUUCCCUUUGGUGCCUCGGUAGCGGCGGCGGUUCGUAUUGGCAACUUGCUCGGCGCCAACCGUCCCGACGAAGCUAAGAUCUCGAGCCGCGUCAGUCUCAUCCUCUCCCUUGCUAUGGGCGGGCUCAACUCGGCGCUCUUCCUCAUCUUCCGCAAGCAGUGGGGCUGGCUCUUCAGCUCGGAUGUCGAAGUGAUCCAGCUGGUGGAGCACAUCUUGCCCCUGCUCGCCUUCUUCCAGGUCGCCGAUGGCAUUUGCGGCAUUUGCGGUGGUGUUCUCCGUGGUACCGGUCGUCAAGCUGCUGGUGCAGGCAUCAACAUGAUCUCGUAUUACAUCAUCGGUAUCCCCAUCGGUCUUGUGCUGACCUUCACCCGGAUCAAUCUGGGUCUGGCGGGUCUGUGGUGGGGCUUGACGAUUGCGCUGCUGUUUGGAAGCGCAGGCAUGUUCUGGCUGAUCAGCAUCACGGAUUGGGAAUGGGAGGUCAAGAAGGUGCAGCUGCGAAUGGCGGUCGAUGAUCCUUCGGCGGCUGGUGCGGCAACGCACGACGCGGCAAAGCCAGAUGUCGAAUGUGCAACAGGACCGAGGUUGGCUCAGACCACGUCGGCGGUGGAUGCUAUCAAUAGUGGGGACGCCGCGGCAUUCAGCCCGCUCGGCCUCGUCGCUUCGUCCAUCGCGGGCAGCGUCAUCGACGAGGAAGAGGAGGAGGAUCUGUCUAUCUAA